GUUGAUGUAUCGGCAAUAUUCGUAACAUAUCUUUAUCCACCAUUCCUUUUUUAAGAUUUCUUUGAAAAACAUCAACAUUCUUGCUCGAAAAUGGCUAGGAGAGGAGCUUUGCGUGACGGAACCGUAAUGUUCCAGAGGGCGGAUCGUAUGCACCGUGAGCACCAAGAUUGGUUUAAAGGAUCUUUGAGGGGCCGAGCUGAAGUGCACAGAGACGGUCGGCAUGUUCAACGUAGGAUGGGCGUGGCGAGCAAAGGGGGCGGUUUUUAGUAGUAGGUUAAAAAAUGAGAAUGGGGCUAAGCGGCGCCUAGUGUCCCUCGUAAUAUCCUCUGUAACCGGGAGGCAUCUUGCAACAACUCGGAGGAGAGCACUCCAAUAUUAAUCUGAAGCCUCCACGAGCAGGUACAAUAGCUUCUAAGUAAAGUGAUGCACAUGAAAUAACAGGACAUUAAACUAAAAAAAAUGACAUCUGACAGACGGAGCACAGAUACGCUACAGUGAUUCUACAGCAGGCGUGCGUACCGACAACGUCUUGACACUUUCCUUGGAGCCGACAACGACGCUUCGCGGCUGCCGUGCCGUAGGACAUUCUCUGGACUAUUUGCCUGGUUGCAUGUCGCUUGAUUCUGCAGUGUCAGUUCUAAGCGGAUAACCUGAAGAGUGUGGGCGUUCUUCUUUUGGUGAAUUGUGGCUGUGCGAUAAACAUGUGCAGCCGACUUGAUUUUCUCCAAUCCUUUGGCAUCUUACAGGCCGCCUGGGAUAUACUGUGAGCUUUGCGCCUGUCAGUCCGCCUGAGGCCGCUGGGAUGAAAUGAGGCUCAGGCAUGGUACUGUGGCCAUCGUGUUGAUCUUCACCUCCCUCCUCAGCCUCUCGUGGUAUACCGCCUGGCAGAAUGGCAAAGAAAAGUUAACUGCCUACCAACGAGAGUGCCAUGCCUUAAAAGAACGCCUCCAUGCGGCUGAACUACGCACUUUGCAGCGCUCGUCUGAACUCAGCACUAUCUUAGAACAUUUCAGACGUGCCAUAGCAGAGACCAAUGGCAGCAAAGACUCCCUUGCCAACUUCUCAGAGACACAAAAGCUGUUGAAAGAACUUUCCCAGAAGAAACCAUUACAAGUGCCAAAUAUCUACUACCAUUUGCCUCACUUACUGAACAAUGAGGGCAGCCUUCAGCCUGCAGUACAGACAGGUCAAGGAAGAACAGGAGUUUCUAUUGUGAUGGGAAUACCAACAGUGAAGCGAAAAGUCAAGUCCUAUCUUGCAGAAACUCUCCAUUCCUUAAUUGACAAGCUUACUCCAGAAGAGCAAAAGGACUGUGUUAUAAUAGUCUUUGUAGGAGAGACUGAUCUUGACUAUGUCCAUAGCGUUGUGAGGAGCCUGAAGAAAGAGUUUUCUACAGAAAUCAAUUCUGGGCUGUUAGAAGUCAUCUCACCUCCAACAAGUUACUAUCCGGAUUUUGCAGCCUUGAAGGAGACCUUUGGUGAUUCAAAAGAGAGAGUCAAGUGGAGAACAAAACAGAAUCUUGACUAUUGCUUUCUUAUGAUGUAUGCAGUAAACAAGGGAGUCUAUUAUGUGCAGCUGGAAGACGACAUUGUUGCCAAACCAAACUAUUUCCUGACCAUGAAAAACUUUGCACAGCAGCUAACAUCUGAGGACUGGAUGAUUUUGGAAUUCUCACAGCUUGGAUUUAUUGGGAAGAUGUUCCAAGCGCCUGAUCUUAAUCUGAUUGUGGAGUUCAUAUUUAUGUUCUAUAAAGAGAAGCCAAUUGACUGGCUCCUUGAUCAUAUCCUUUGGGUGAAGGUCUGCAACCCUGAGAGGGAUGCGAAGCACUGCGAGCGUCAGAAAUCCAGUCUGCGUGUCCGGUUCAGGCCAUCCCUCUUUCAACAUGUGGGUCUUCAUUCAUCUCUGGCUGGGAAAAUCCAAAAACUCACGGAUAAAGACUUUCUGAAGCCUUUACUACAGACGGUUCAUGUGAAUCCCCCAGCUGAGGUGUCUACCUCUUUGAAGGUUUACCAAGGACAUAAUUUGGAAAAGACCUAUAUGGGCGAAGAUUUCUUCUGGGCCAUCACACCCAUUGCAGGAGACUAUAUUCUCUUUAAAUUUGACAGACCAGUCAAUAUAGAAAGAUAUGUUUUUCGAAGUGGUAAUACAGAACAUCCGGGGGACAUAAUACAGAACACAACCGUGGAGUGUUUGCCUUUUUCGAGAUCUGGACUGAAAACCAAAGAGAAACUGAAACACAAGAAGGAUGGAUUUUAUACAAUAGGAAAAUUUAAAAAUGGUGUGGCAGAGUCUACUGUCGACCCCAAGUUCAAUCCAGUUUCAGGGCUCCGACUUUCUUUCCUGCAAAACUCGUCUGUUUGGGUGAUUCUCAGUGAGAUUCACAUUAAAAAAGCUGCAGGCUAAUUUGCUUUAGUGGUAAGUGUUAUGCCUCCAGAUCCUGCCGAACACAGAGAGACCACCUACAAAAGAACAAGGCUGACAUGCUGGCUUGUAGUGUUGUGUUCUCUUGACUCUACCUCGUGCAACUACUGUAUCAAUGGUCAUCAUUCUACUCCAGUGAAGUAGGAAGAAGAAUUCUGGGAAUUAUAUGAAAACAAUAAACUCUGCAGUAUUUUUUUUCCCAUUGCAGACCCCCUUAGUUUACUGCCCUACACAAAAUUAUAUUGUUGGCAAUAUAAAAGAACCAGUUUUAACUGUCGAGUAAAGUUUAGGUGGCCGCUCAUCUCAGAUGCUGGACGAGUAUUUUUUCUAUCUUCGGGGGUUUACUGAAAGAAUGUCACAAACUUUGGCCUGAUUGUACACACCCAUGACUUCAUUGUGAUAGGUCACAUCAUUAUGUGGCUAAUAUUAAAGUAUACUCGAGUCGUAAUAAACCUCUUGUACUAACAGAUGAGAAGUGAAGGAGAACCUUAUAGGUCAUGUGCUGUGGUAGCCAUUUUGAUUAAUUUCCUACUCACUUCUGUUCCGUGACCAUUGGGCUCAUUGAUCCUAAACCUUUUUAGCAUAAAUGCACACAACGUUAACUACAGCAAAGAUAUCAGAUUCAUUUCUUGCAGAUUGUUGUUUCGGCCAGAUUCUUAAAUUGGAGUUAGUUGUCUUUACUUUUUAUUGAAUUUCCUAUGUUAUUUAGGGGCAGGAACAGGUCCUCCCUGCGUGGAGUUUGCAUGUUCUCCCCGUGUCUGGGUGGGUUUCCUCCCACAGUCCAGAGACAUGCA